AUGCGCUUCUCCUCCCAAGUCAUCUCCGCUGGGCUCGCCCUGAGCUCCUUUGCCCUCGCCUCCCCCCUUCCCAAUGACUCUCAAGCCAAGGACAAACGUUCCUUCGUCGAACGUGAUGGUACUAAUUAUACCGUGUUUGAGCAUGCUGCUACUGGCGCCAAGCUUGAGUUCGUCACUAACUCCGGCAUCUGUGAGACUACGCCCGGCGUGAACCAGUACUCAGGAUACUUGUCAGUGGGCACGAACAUGAACAUGUGGUUCUGGUUCUUCGAAGCUAGAAAUAGUCCCACCACGGCCCCCCUCGCUACCUGGUUCAACGGCGGUCCUGGUUGUUCUUCCUCCAUCGGGCUCUUCGUCGAAAAUGGACCCUGUCACUUCAUCAAUGGUGACUCCACCCCGUCUCUCAACCCAUACAGCUUCAACACCUACGCCAAUAUGUUGUAUGUUGACCAGCCUAUUGGAACCGGUUUCUCCUACGGUACGGACUCAGUCACAAGCACGGUCACGGCCGCCCCAUACGUCUGGACAUUGUUACAAGCGUUCUACGCACAAUUUCCCCAGUACGAGAGUCGCGAAUUCGGAAUUUUCACCGAAUCGUAUGGAGGACAUUAUGGGCCUGAGUUUGCUAGCUAUUUCGCAUCUCAGAACGCGGCCAUAAAGGCCGGAAGCGUGAAGGGUGACAAUAUCGAUCUUAUAGCCCUGGGCAUCAACAAUGGCUGGUACGAUUCCGCCAUUCAAUCCCAAUCCUACAUCGAUUUCUCCUACAACAACACCUACAAACCCAUUAUCACUGCAGCCCAGCACACACAGUUCACCAACACCAAUGCACAGAGUUGUGCGCCUCUUCUCGCGAAAUGUACCGCCACUACGGGAUCCAACUCUGCCUGUGAGAACGCCGACAAUACCUGCUACAAUGACAUUGAAGGUCCCCUUAGCUCUACCUCAGCCAACGGCGGUGUUGCAUUGUACGACUUCGAUGUCUACGACAUCCGUGAACCAAGCAAUGACCCAUACCCACCAGCCACCUACUCUAGCUACCUACUCCAGCCAUCCGUCACAAGCGCAAUCGGUGCCAAAGCAACUUAUACCGAGUGCGCAAAUGCCCCCUACAACAAAUUCACCUCGACCGGGGACGACGCCCGCAACUUCCUCCCAACUCUCUCCACCGUCGUCCAAAGCGGCAUCCGCGUAGUAAUGUGGGCUGGCGACGCCGACUGGAUCUGCAACUGGUUCGGCGGUCUCGCCUCCGCCAACGCCGUCACCUACUCCGGCACCUCCUCCUUCGCGGCCAAAUCACUGGCCCCCUACACGGUCAACGGGACGGAAGCCGGUACGUUCAAGACGGUCGACAACCUCAGCUUCUUGAGGGUGUAUGGAGCGGGGCAUGAAGUGCCGUAUUACCAGCCAGCGCUGGCGUUGCAGGUGUUCGAGCAGACGAUGAGGCAGCAGGCCCUGACUGGUACGUAG